AUGGACGAAAAAUUAACUCUUACACACACUCAAUAUGUUCCUAAAUUUCCCAAGUUAUCAGGAAAAUUAUCUGAGACUUACCUUAACUUAAUAGAAACAUACUUUGAAGGACAUAUUGAGUCAGACUCAUCUAAAGUUAGGACACUACUAUGCAGCUUACCAAUUGAGAUUGUAGACCAAGUUACGUCGAUAUGUUCUAAAGCACAGUUAAAAGAUUUUAAUAUUGUUUUUGGUAAAUUGAAACUGUUAAUUCCAAGUGAGGACAUUAAUGUAAAUAUAAAGAACUUUAAUUUAGCGGUACAAGGUGCCGAGGAGUCCUUCCAUACUUUUUAUUUUAGAAUUUCAAAACUUCAUAAAAAAUGCGAUUUUGAUAACGAUACAAGAAUGAUUGAGAAAUUAAUAACUUGUUCUUUAAAUGAUAAUAUCAGAAGGAAGUUAAAUAAACAUAAGCACGAAGGUUUAGAUAAGAUGAUGAAAUUAGGAGUGGAGUUAGAUGGCAGCAAUAUUAAACCAGACGUUAGCGAUACAAAUUAUGUAUAUAAUGAUAAAAAAUUGGAUAAAAAUAAAAAAUUUUACAAUUUAAACAUGGAUAAAAUACCAUGCAAAAGUACUUUUAGUAAUAAUGAGAAUAAUUCUAAUGAUUAUGAACGUAAUAAUUUUAAAGAAAAUAAUUUUAAUUAUAAUGGACGUAACACUCAUAAGGAAAAUUUUGAUUUUAAGAAGAGGAAUUAUAAUGAUUUUAGGCCUAAUUAUAGUGCUAGCCGAAACUAUCAAAACAAUAUUUUUCGAGACAGUGAGGGUAACUCUAGAAAUUUUCGUAAUAACCAAUCUUCGAAUAACAAUUCAAACUAUUACGGAAGAAACUCCAUGUGGCACAACAAUAAUUAUAAUAGAAACAAUGCCUGGCAAUACAAUAACAAUUCAAACAAUUAUGGUAGAGGUACUUGGCAAAACAAUAAUUAUAAUGGGAGAAACAAUUCCUGGUCUUACAACAAUCAAAGAAAUCAGAGUCAAUAUAAUAAUCGAUAUGGUUAUCAAUAUCAAUCCUAUAAUAACAACAAUAAUGGAGAAAAUAAUGAGUGGAAAAAUUAG